AAGCCGUCUAAGAAUCCUGAAGAAAACCGUAAUAGAACUAUGUAUCAGUUGAUAAACAAAGAACAGCAGUACGCCACGGGCCUUCAAUUUGCAGUAUCUAGGUUUGUGUCGGCUUUGGCUGAAAGAAAGGAUCUCAUUACCCCAGCGGAACAUCGAAUAUUAUUCCAGAACUGUGAAGAGAUUCUCAGAAUCACCGAAGACAUCUUGGAUCACUUGAAUCAAGAAGACGGGGAGCCUCAAUUACAUCUCCUCAUCAAAAUUUAUCACAUGAAAGUGCACGAAAUAACUACAGCGUAUAAACGCUACUGCUCAGGAAUUAAAAAAGCUGACUGUGUAUUAGCAAACAAGACUAAAAAUUCCAAUUCAGACUUCUGCCGGUUUCUUCAAGUACCUCAGAUUCCGAGAAGGAGGCCGGAUAUCACUACGUUUAUUCACAAGCCUUUAGAACAUUAUAGAGACAUUUUAAGGCUACUGACAACGAUACAAGGUAGCACAAAACCAAAUCAUGAUGACUUUCCUGUGAUAAACCAAAUUGUACAUGACUUACAGUUAACUUAUAGAGAAAUCACCUCCGAAGGUGGACUGAUGGAACCCUUAGGAGAGGGAAGACCCUUAUUAACAGUACAAGAUUUAGAAAAUAGGCUAGUUUUCACAAAGUGCAAGUUAACUUAUAGAGAAAUCACCUCCGAAGGUGGACUGAUGGAACCCUUAGGAGAGGGAAGACCCUUAUUAACAGUACAAGAUUUAGAAAAUAGGCUAGUUUUCACAAAGUGCAAGCCCUUCGUUCUAAAUAAACCUGGCCGACAAUGGAUAUUUGGUGGUGACCUCAGUAGAGUGGAGGGUCGAAACGUUCGUCAGUAUUGGACUUUACUUUUUAGUGAUCUUUUAUUAUUUGCAAAGGCCUCUAGGGAUCGUGUUUUGUUCGUUAUUGAAGACCCAUUGCCCCUGUCACAUAUAACAGAUAUGUUUUUCAACGUACGAAAAAAAGAUACUGAAUUCAGGAUAACAAUAAAUCCCGAGGGUGAGACUGCAAAGAGUCCUACAGUUCACUGCGGUCCUGACCUCACAAGGACACCUAGGAAAAACUCAAACAAAAAAACUGUGAUUCUGAGAGCUCCCAAUGCUGAACUGAAAGCCGUUUGGCAAAACUUACUUCAACGGCAAAUCUUUCAAUUGAACUCAGGCAUGGACGGCAGCUCAGUUAGUUCUCCACUAGAAUCCCCCGAAGCUCCAAUAACUUCAUCCGUGGUCACCUUACAGUCUGCAGAGUCGUUUUCGAUACGUCGUCAGCAAACUCCUCAAAACCUAAAUCAAAACUGUCAAAGCGAAAAUAACGAAAACAAAGAAAUUCAAAAACAAAUCGAUGCGCUCAUAGAGCUCAAAUGCAAACAAUUGGGAAAAACCAAUUCCAACGGUAAAUAUAAUGCCGUCCAUCUGGAGCAGUGGAUGAAAGGCCAACUGAAUGGUGAAAGUAUAUUAGGGACACCGGAAUUAGAACCAAUGUACGAAGAAUGGACCAGAGAGAUGGUUAUAAAGAGAUCCGAGGAGUUACAGCUGAUUGACUCUCAGGGAAAUGUGAAAAGCAAACCCGAUAUUAUCAAAGACGGGUAUGAUAUGUGCGAAGAGGUUAUUUUAUCAGAUCAUGAACAUAGUCCGUCCAAAAGCACGACUACUGAAAGUCAAGUUACUGUUAGGUCGAGUCCAUUAGUGCCAGAAACAGUACCGGUAUGUCGACAAUGCCAUAAAAAUUGCCUUAGUAGUAAUGGAACAGUAAAUGGUAGUGUACAAAAUUUCAAUGACUGUAAUAGUAAUAGAACUAGUAACUCUCAGCUAGAGACUGCAGACAGAAAUGAAAAUGUAGGUGAUGAAGACGACUGGCAAACUUUCCUGCUAGUUGAACUGAUAAUGGAAGCAAAAUGCACCAAAAUCAAACAGAUAAUGCAGAAACAACUGGGAAUAAAACCAAUCAACUCUAAAGCAGAUAUAGAAACCGAUUCUUUGCGAGACACGUAUUAA